CCUACGGAGGCUGUUCGCGUUUCAUUAUCAGAUUUUGGUUUGGUUCGAAUCCGUUUGCCGGAGAAUUCUGAGUGCCACGGCAGUGAGACUCGGACUCGGAGUCGAUCGCGAAGCUUUUGGGGUGAAACAUCAAACUUACAACGUGAGUCACCGGGAGAAUUACAUAAGCUGGAUCGGGUUGUGCUGCGACUUGUUGUUGCCACAUUCGAACAGUGACGGCACGCGAAGAAGAACAAAUCCCGAUCAGUGCUUUUCGUGAUAAACAAAGUGGCAGCGGUUGGAAAACUGGGCGCGCACUUCAAAAGGAAGUGCGGUUUGAUUGCAAAAAGAGUCAAAAUACAGUGAAACUCGAUCGGUAGAUCGAGUGAUUAAGUGAUAAUAUUUAAACUGGUGAUAUAAAUUAAGAUCGAAAGAUCCUGUUCGAGUGACCGUCGAGAGUAAUUGUGAGAAUUGUGCAAUCUACCAACGAAAGGGAUUUGAACGAGAAAGUGAGAAGGAAGAAACGAACCUGGCUAUUAGUCAAAACUGUCAACAACGACGCCUGCAAGCGAGGGGGCAUCAAUCAACGAACUGCAAACCAUCAUCGACGGGAGAUACGACGCAAUGCAUCGGUUGCGACAAUUGGAUGAAUGAUUUGAUCAAGUGCGCAAAAAGUGACUAAAGCUGUUGGUGAACAACAAAAACAGUGAAUUUGAUACUGAUUGACGAGGAAAACCACCGAGAAAACAAGUUAAACAGGAAUCAAGUGCUCCCGAGGGAUUAAUUGCCAAAGUGAGCGGGAUGGAUUGAGCGCUUGCAGUGGAGGAAAGAUAGAGAAAUCGGGAAUAAUUUGCGACUUUUGUGCUCCAGCUUUGGUGUAUCUUGUGUCUAUGUGGUCGGUGUUGGGUGUCUCGUUAGAGAACAGUGAUCCAGCGGGAACUUGUGUGUGACUUCGAGAGCCAGGCUGCUCAUCUCAACCAACAACAAAUGCGAAAUAUAAGAUAUCCGAUGUGAUUUGAAUAAGCUAGAACGCAAUUAUUCCGCCACGUUCCAGAGAUCGUUCCAGAACCGACAGCCGAACGUGUAUUGGCCAAAAAGCUGCGCUUGUGGGCGUGUGUCUGUACAGUUCAUGUGAUCGCGAAAAUUAGCAAUCCCUCCAGUUGAGGUGUCAGAAGCAUCAUAUUAUAGCCACCCUUCUUCACCAUGAGUACUCAAUUAACGAGCAUCUACUAGAUACACACCGCUGAAGGAUUACAACGAACAACGCUUCGUGAAGACACCCAAAACCAUCACCUAUGGGCCACAAGUGAAGAAAAAGGUAAUCACCAUGGCCGGAACGCAACCACCCCGGAGCGCGACGCCGAACGUCCAGCAGGACUACGACGUAACGCGUAUGCGAGAGGAAGACUUUGAACGGUUGGCCGUGUACAUCGUGCCGGAUGUGGCCUGCGAAAAGGGUGUCCCGAACCGGGCGGAAAAAACACUGCCCCGCAGUUUAACGCUCAAACCUUCGCUGGUGCUGUCGACUCCAACGACGACGACUGAAGGAGUAUGGAGCACGGGAGUUAUACCGCGCGGAACCCGUUUCGGCCCCUUCGAGGGUGUCCGGACACCGAGCCAUCCCAGUGAUAAGCAGCUGUGGCGGUAUUUUUGGAGGGUGCAAGAGCUGCGACAUGUUUCCUACGGGAAUAUCAAGAUCUUCAAAGACAGUGACUUCUACUACCUUGACGGUUCGGACCCAGCGCAGUCCAAUUGGAUGCGAUAUGUCGCCUCGGCGUAUAGCUUUUCCGUCAUGAACCUGGUUGCUUGCCAGCACCAGGAGCACAUCUACUUCUACACGAUCCGGGAUAUUAUGCCCAAUGAGGAACUGAUGGUGUGGUACUGUCGGGACUUUGCCAAACGGCUCGGUUACGACAUCGACCCGGAGCGAGCGACCUACUCAAUCUGUCGCGAGGAAACGCUGAAGAAAACGUAUGCGACCAUUACGAAGGCACCGGUUCCACCGGAGGUGGCUUACAAUCAUGUCAAGCACGUGAUGGGGUUGUAUCUGCCGGCGAUUCGAACCGCACCAACGCCAAGUCCGUCUCCGCCGGCUGCCACCUCCACGACGGCAGUGACUGCCACCGUCGUGGUUCCACCCUCUAAACAUCAGGUUCAUCAGACGGUACUUCGUGAGGCUCGAACCACAACCGAAGGGCAUGACCGAUCACCGAUCAGGGUCGUCAUUCGCGAGCAAAGCCCACCGAUGCGAGCAAUUAUUAAGGAACCGGACGCGGAUUCGCCAAUCUCGCACACCGGGAAGGAAGCUCACUAUGAACACCAACUGACACCAAACGAUGGCUCUGUCAGGUCCGAUGAAGGAUACCACAGCAAUGGUUAUCAUGAGGAUGGAUUCACGCCUCCCGAGGACUCCAGCGAUAGCGAAAGUGAACACAACUAUGUGCUGGAUUGCUCGAAAAGGGCAAUUGAGCCAAAAGAAGCGUGCGUAAAAUUGGAGAUUUGUGAUAAGAAUGAAUACCGAAAGGUAAAGAUGAAAAUGCCAUUGAAGUAUGAGUUUAAAAAUAAUAAGAACUUCAAGCAUCCCGGAGCAAAAGGGGACACGGCUGAAGAAGAGGAAAUUGUUGCUUCUAGGGAGGUAAAACCGGCCACCAGUACGGUGAUUGUGCUGGAAACAGUUCCGGAGACAGUCGUACCGCUGACUAAAGCCUAUUACGAACCGGAGACCACGAAUUCCUCUGCGACUUUUAUUCGAUAUACUCCACCAAGUUCCAGUAUUCUGGAAACGAUACUCACCGGCAGUCGACCAUCGGUGGAUGAUCCUCACCGGAGACAACCAAACGCUACACCUCCUCCUACUUCACCAACCGAGAUGGCGUACUCGUACAAAAAAUCUCAACGAUACGGAACGGCUUGUAGUCCCGAUUCCAGCUCGCAAACUCCGAUGGAGCCUGGAGAGAAUGGUUCGCAGCUACUGCAGGAGUCCAAGAUUAUCAGCAUUGAUCACCGAGAGUCACAAUCACCAACAAUCAUUUACAGUUCUACUCAUCGACCGCAACAAUCACACUCGCCCGGUUUGUACGAUCCCGCAGCUCACGGUUACGCCAUCUACCCAUCACCGAACGGAACCGUCAUUAACAGCGCUUCCAGUUCGACAUAUUCGCCACCACUUAAUGGCGGCCACUACGAGAGACUGACAACGCACACAAUCCAAUCCCCGAGUGGCUUCGUGCAGCUCCAAGCUAAAGGGCAGCUGCCUCUGAACCACCCGCUGAUGCAACCUCUCCCGCCACUCACACACAUGUCACCUGGCCAUGCUUCUCCGCCCAGUAGCCUCAGUCCCGACGGAGGCUCCUACUCUCGCAGUGGUAGUCCAAUGAGUCCCGGCAGUCCAGGCUCGCGUGGCUACCGGAGUUUACCGUAUCCGCUGCGAAAGCGGGACGGCAAAAUGCACUACGAGUGCAACGUCUGCAGUAAAACCUUCGGUCAGCUUUCCAAUCUCAAGGUCCAUCUACGGACGCACUCGGGCGAACGGCCUUUCAAGUGCAAUGUCUGUACCAAAUCGUUCACCCAGCUUGCCCACCUGCAAAAACACCAUCUUGUACACACCGGGGAAAAACCACACCAAUGUGAUAUCUGCAAGAAGCGAUUCUCGUCUACUUCCAAUCUGAAGACGCAUCUGAGGCUACACAGCGGCCAGAAGCCGUACGCGUGCGAUUUGUGCCCGCAAAAGUUUACCCAAUUUGUGCAUUUGAAGUUGCAUAAGCGGCUUCACACCAACGAUCGACCGUACGUGUGCCAAGGUUGCGACAAAAAAUACAUCAGCGCUUCCGGUCUGCGGACGCACUGGAAAACGACGAGCUGCAAGCCAAAUAACCUGGAGGAAGAGCUAGCGCUGGCCGCUGCUGCCACCUCCGAGUGCAUGGACAAAGAUCAACAGGAGAAUGAGCCCAGAGAGUACUAUGAAAUGCAACAAAUGAAUCAUCCUGCAACCAUUGGAUCGCCUCAGCUUCGACACGUUCCCGAUCACGGUUCCCCUAACCAUCUGCUUAGCCUGCCUCCGCAGUCCCAUCAUUCGGGACACCUCUUCCAAGGUCACCCAGGUGGACCGGAUGCGGUAAUCCAGAAAGUAGGCAAAAUUCAGCACUCGUCAACGAUUAGCAGUAGUAACAACAACAAUAACAACAACAAUCCCAACAUCGUUAACGGAAACAUCAUCAAUGGCAGCAGCCAGAUGCAUUACCUGGGAAGUCCAAUGAUACCGCAAGGACCACCUCCACCUCCUCCACCGCAGCAAGUGCUUCACCACGUGCAACCUUCACAGUCCGUCAACACUGGCAGCACUGCUUUGGCCGCCAGCAGUGCCACCGCCACCGUCACCAACAGUACCAACAGCACCGUCGUCAGUGCCGACGGCCCUACCAGCCGGCCCAGCGUGAUCGAAUCCAGUCAACCGAUGAUCAUCGAGUGUACGUAGCUCCAGGUUAUGGGCCCGGGACCUCCACCGAACCGGCGCCAGGAUAGUGUGAUCCGCGUGGUCGGAUGAACAACGGAACCAGUUGAAUAAACCUAUUGGCAAGCAAAUGAUCUUUUUUGCGCGUAAGAUUUAAGGAUUGAACUGUGAAUACUACUUUUAAGGCUACUCUCCCCGCAACAGCAAGCAGCAAAAAAAAUCUCCCCCUUUCCUCCACAGGAACACAUACACACACAUACACAUCUAGCAGCUAAGAGAAGCAUAAAUUUAUAUAUUUAUUUUUUACUUAUUAUCAAAGCCGAAGCAAAUCAAUAAGAAAGCAAGAAGCAUAUUGUUAAGUGUUCUUAAGAUUUACUAAUUAUGGCGUGAGGACUAACGCCGAGCAGGAUGGGGAAUAGCGGGGGGGAAGAUACUGAAGUUUGUCAUUUUUCUUCAAUCGGGCAAAAAAACUUUCAUUCAUGGAGAGUAGGUACAGCGGAUGGAUGCGAAAUACACUUUGCGAAUGCCAGUCCUGUAAAUAUAGUACGAUAAGUCCAACGGCAUAGAGCGAACUUGAGCACCGUCCCGACGCUGUCAUAUCAUCAUCAUCAUCAUCAUCAUCAUCAUCAUCAUCAUUACAUCAUUAUUGUUAGUAGCAUAAUCAUCUUCAUCGCCCCAGUUUUAGCGAGUAUUUGUGAUUGUUCCAAAAUUGUAGUAACUAUUUUGUUUGUUUAAUGAUAGAGAAACAUUGGCUGAUGUAUAGUUGAAGUUUGGUUUUCCUGUUUUGAAAUGCCUAGUGGUUAUUGCGUAUGAUGUGUAUUGUAAGUAGAAUGCGGUAACUAAGAGGUAAAGACGAAUGGAGAAAAGAAGAACAGAGAAAUAAAAAGGAGAAGGAGAAACAGAAGAAUGAUACUAAUUCGUACGACCAACAGACUGAUAUUUUUUCCUUAUUAACUGUAAUCAAAUCAUCAAUUGUGUAUAGUGAAAAACGAAAAGAUUUGGCAAUAAGUUUCCAAAAAAGUUGGUUUAGUAGUUUAUUUUUUGUUUUAAUUAGUUGUUAGUUGUAGCAAUUGCUCACCACAGGAUGUAGGGUUGUGGAAUGGUUGGAUGGCGAUGGGCAGAAUUGAUUUUAGAGAUGGGGGCAAAUCUUCGAAAAUUUUAGUAUUUAAAAUUCAAUUCGUUUCACGCCUUUUUAUUGCAGUUUAACUAAAACCAAUGCGACAGUUUUCGUCUUGAAAAACUCUACCCCUUGAAAGGAAACUUUAUUAUAAAUAUAUUUCUGUUUAUUCUUGUGAAAUUGGAAUACGAGGCGGUGUCACUAAUCCUGUGGGUCCAUGUAAGAAGAUAAAUUGUAUCAAAAAACAUUUUUCAGUGAGAACAAAAUUCCUAAUUUAUUUUUGGUGUAGCUUAAAAGCGACUUUAUUAAAUAAUCUAUGCGGAUGUUUCACAAAGCCGUUCAACUAUUUCAUCGCUUUCCCUGUCGCCAGUCAGCCAUCCACAGCCCGAAGUUUUUAGGAAACUUUCCCAGAAGGCUGUCCAUAUUGAAAGCGUUAAUACGAUAGAUACGAACCUACUAGCUUAAUCUAAUCGAAGAAAGGAUGUAGAACACAAAGUAAGCAAGCAAAUUGCAGCGGAGAGAAAAAUGACGAAUUUCCACGCCCGUGUUCUCGUCUAGCUGUGUCCCUGUUUUGGUGACAAGAACCGGGUCAUGUACAUUUUUUGCAAAACAAAAUCUACAAGUACUGCUAAUAAAUAGUACUUUAAUAAUAAAUUUAAAGCAAGUAAUAAGAAAAAUUAAAAAAAAAACAAUAAAAUUGAGCAAAAAACUGAAUAACAUAAAUUACGAUAACCUACAGUUAGCUGAAGAUCGGUGCUUUUUUCCAGAAACAAGGGAAGAACUUGAAAAAUCUACAUUAUUUGCAGGUUUUUCGAACACAAGUUUAACUCUUAAUCUCAGAUUUAAGGAUUACCCAGUACAUUUAAAAGAAACAAAAAAAAACACAUUGUAUUAAGAUUAACAAAGUGAACAAAGGAAACACUAAAUGAUAUUUUUAAUAAUCUCGGUUAAGGCCGAAUCAAUAGCGGUUAGCGUCGAAAGCGAACACACUUUGAAGGAACAAUUUACGGUGGCCAAAAAACAAUGCAGAACUGACACAGUGUAGAAGACACAGUACUAAACAAUCUAACCAGUUUAAAUUUUAACACGCAAGCGAUAGGUAGACUGCUUUCCCCCCAAAUUCUACGGAUCAGAAUCAGAAUAGAACUAUAGAAUAACCUCUACCGAAAGUUUUGUACUAUCAGGCAGCUUAUACCUAAUCCAAAAAGCAACAAGGAAAAAAUAGAAGCUAGAAAUCAGCGACAAAAAUAGCGCAAAUAAUCACCCAGUUCUUGAGAACUAGCAACAACCUAACUAAGUCUAGCAAGCAGCGCGCGGAUUAAGUGGCAGUGUGUGCAGAAUAGAUGCAACAUCUUAAACUGUUGUUUAUCGCCCGAAAAUUGCAAAAGCCAACCCACCGUUUUAGUUGAAUCCCGUCCCAUUUUAAUGCCUCCCCGCCCGAACGAACUGCACGCUACCCCCUACCCCCUAUCAACUACACGCACCUGAAGUUUUGUGAGGCUGAUGUUUGUUAAAUUCUUAUUAGUUUUGUUUGCAUGUUGUAAAUUAACGAGCAGAAAACGGAAAACAAAAACAUGUGUACUGUGUACAUUGGAGCGAUGAAGAAACUGUAAUAAAUAAGAUUUUUCUAUCAAAACAAAGUGAAAAUGUAUCAAAAAUCUUUUAUUUAAUAAAACAAUAACAAUGAAAAAAAUCAUAAGAUAACCGAGUUUCAAGUAGCGUUUGGAUAAAAUGUUAAUCAUUUUGUACGUUUCUAUGCGAGUUGUUUGUUGCUGGCUACUUGCUUAAGGAUGACUGAUUCCCAUGAAAACAAAAAUGCUUUGCAAUUCACUUUUGUAGAGGCGUUCUCUUUCUCAUGUCAACAAGAUGGAAAAAUCGGCAGAUGUAUUAGAGACAAAACUAAACACUGGCGAAAAAACUAAUCCUUGUGAAAAGAGGAACAUUGACUGAUUAAUUAUAGAGGAAAUUUGAACAGACCAAGCUCUGAUUAUAGUUUUUAAAACCCACAUAGGUACUUUGACAGUGCAAGCAAGUUUUCGUUCGCUUCUUUAGUAAUUUUUUCAUCGAAAUCAACUUUCUAAUAAUGAUUUUACCAUCAGGUGAAAAAUGUUCAUUAAGCAAUCGAGAAAAAGGCUAAUUUGGCAGCCUUCACGUCCUGAGACCAUCGGAACGGAACGGAAACCCGUAACCGGACAGGAAAACCAAUGCAACCGCAAUUGUACAGACCAAAUUAUUUUUAUCACACAAAAUUGAAUGGAGGCGAAGUUAAACAUUGCAACCAGCAAUGGUCGCUAAACACACACACACACAUUACAUACAGACACAGACACACCUACAAGUAAUGUUAACUUCACACUUGGAAGGCAUCAUUAGUGCGUAGGAACCAAAACAGUACUGAAUUUGUAAAAAAUUAAUUUAAAAACGAUUAUAAGGCAAAUAAUCUUCAAGGUAACAGUUUAAAAAACAAAGUACGAUAAUAACUACU